AUGGCGACCAAGUGGUUCCUCGCUGCCCAGAAAUUCGUCGAAGAAAGGUUUCCGGACAGGGAAACGGAAAUCCGAGUUGUACCGCCACUCCGAGAUGUCCCUGUCGACGUCCAGUUGACUCUUGUCUCAACUUUCUACGAGAUAGUUAGAAAGAGGGGGGAGUCGAUGUUCAUCGUCUGCAGUCGGGACAUAAAACAACUGCUGAGAGCACGCUUGCAUGGUGGACUUUAUGGCAUAUCGGAGAAUGACAAGGGGUUCGACGUAGUUGUCAUAGAUCGUCACCGGGGUUUGUUUUACAUGAAGUGCGGAGGCAACGUUGAAAAGAAAAGGGGUGACAGCGGCAAGAAGGACUGCGAUGAGCUCAAAGCCUUGAUGAUGGAGGCGGGAAUGGACGAUAAGAAACAGGUGGACGACUGCCUUUCAUUUCCAGUUCCAAUUCCAUUAUUCUGCAAUGAUAUCCCCCUAUAUAAGGGACCAACGGAUGUCCGACCUCUAGUGCUAAUUGAUGAUCACUUCUCCAGUUCUUCCCUCGAAGUACUAGGAGAUUGGUGGGAAAAAAUUAUCGAGCAUUCCGAAACCAAGAAAAUCGACCUCAAGCCUGAAAUUCACAAGGCUCUCUUGGCCAUAUUCGUCGCACCCUUUUAUGUGAGUCCAUCCUCGAAAACGGGCGAGACGAACGUCAACUUUCUCAAAGACAGGGAAUUGGAAAUUCUGAUCCACGAGCCUGCCAAGUCCGUGAUCAAAGGGAACUCAGAAACUGAACGAAUGAAGUUCAUGAUGGAAAAGGUCCGGAAUAUCGUCACGAAAUGGUUCUCCAAGAGACCGAUCACCGAAACGGAACGUAUCCUCGUCCUCGGAGCCAGACAUGAUAUCAGGGAAAACCUGAACUCGAUGCUAGAAUGGAUAGUGAGCUCUGCUAUUGGUGCCUAUUCCACAUGGACCACGAUGUCUGCGAAGGAGAUGAGGCGACGGAUUCAGAACCUAAUUAACAAGAACCUCGUCUUCUGUACAUUUUUCCCAGACAAAGCAUAUGGAGAAGUUCCUACCAUUGAAGAGCCAAUGCAUGCGUGUACAUUUGGCAUUGAUAUGCCAAAAGUGAAGGCGAUUGUUGGCCGACUCUACGAAGGAAUGGGAGGCACGACUGAGCAUCCUGGUACUCAUGAAUGGCAAGAAAUACGGAGGAGUUAUACCAAUUUUCAUCACAUCUUUGUUCUUGGGGCUCACAAAUUCAAUCUGAAUUUGUCAGAUAUUUGCAAACUUCAUCUGAGUAAACACGGAUAUUUUUGGCUUCUCUGGCCGGAAGGUGAUCUUCCUGACACCUUUGUUGCAGAACUCAUUCACUCUGGUUUCAUACGGCCAGACAGGAAAUCCAUACAAGUUACUAGCAUGGGGAGAGGCAGUCCUCCAGCGAGGGAAACAACAUGGCUAUAUCAAGCCGAGAAUUUCAUCAGGAGGACAUACCCUGAUUGGAGAGCCGGGAACACGACUCACCUUUUCCCACCUGUUCAGUACAAGGAUGAAUGGAUCAAAUCUGCCAGAACCCGAAGGGGGAGAGCGGAGAGAUCCCUCAUUCUACGUCUGCAUGAGCUCGGACAGAGAAAGCGGUCACCUAUUUUCAUCACAUAUAACUCAGACUUCGCCCACCUCAUCAAGACGCGGAACGUCGGGGGUGGCAUCGAAGGCAUCCUAGAAUCGGAAGGACACGACAUCGUCCUCAUACAUCAUAACUUUGGGGUAAUCUUAAUCCAAAUAAAGAAUCUGAAUGCCGAGAAGACAGAAAAAGAAGUAGGAGAUGCAGCGACGAACAAUCAGACCGCAGCCGAACAGCUUGAAAUGGACGUUCGAAGUGUGACUACUACUAGAAAAAAAUUGGAAGACGCCAUGAGAGAGUGCGGUCUGGAAGACAUCAACGUGUCCCUGUCGGUAAUUGCAAUCCCAACUGUGAAAAGAGAAUGGGUGGAUGAAGGGCCAACUGGCGCCGGUCUUGUCUUCCUCUGCGAAGAAGAUUGCAGUUCUGCUAAAUCCCUCGAAGAAUGGUGGCAGAAAUAUAUCCUCCAGUCCGAACAUCUUCAGAGCUCCACCAUCAAGGAUGAGACCUACAUAAGUCUUCUCGCAAUAUAUAUCGCACCAGUAUACGCAACCCCGGCCUUCACAGCCCGAUUCAACAGACAAAAUCUAUCUUUCCUGACCGAAGAAAAGCUGGACAUCCUGGUGAACGGACCGAAGGAGUUCGUGCUGAAAGGAGCAGCCGGGACUGGGAAGACGUGGAUUGUUCAGGAAAAGAUCAGGAACAUCGUCAUGUCUUGGUUUUCUCGAGGACCCAUCGAGGACAAGGACGAGACGAUCCUCCUCAUCCGCAGGAACACCCAAGUCGCCAACGAAUUGAGGAGGACGCUGUACGACCUCCUCCUCACGUCCGCUAUGGCUAUGAUCAGCAAAUGGGUCGACGGAACGAACGAUGAGGAGGAAAGGCAGAAGAAUCUUUCCGAAUCGGAUCAGCAUGUGAUACUGGAGACCCUGCACGAAGUCUUCAAGACACAGAAACCGCCAUUCGACCACAUGUUUGUUGACGACGGAGAAGAAUGGUGCAAAUCCUACGGUGACCACUGGAUGACCAUGCUCCGAUCUCUUCACAAAGGUAGUGGAGGAUAUUUUUGGCGGACCUACGAUCCCCUUUCUGAUGCCAUGGAAAAAUUGACGAACGCUAUGAAAUCUGAGGUGAAGGGUGCUCGUCCCUUGUAUACAGUUUUGAGGAAUACGGGAUCCGUCUUGGAGACGUGGACUCGAGCGUAUACAUCACCUGUUGGAGGCGCCCUCUCGACGAAUACCAUCGCACUCGGCUUGAUGUAUGAAAUUGGAAAAAUCCAGUUGGGACACAAUAUACGGGGUCCCAAAGUGGAAAUGUUUCACGUCUCCUCCUCGGAUCUGGCAGAGAAGAUACAGGGAAUUCUUGAAGAAAAGUUUCCUCACGCGAACCAGCUCAAUGACAUAGCUAUUGUCUUUGCUGAUGAAGCAGAUUUUCAAGUCCAUAUGCAGCGUCUUACGGUUGAAUUGUGCACGAAGCAAAAUGAAUGCCCAGAGAAGAGAUACAACAUAACAACCUAUGCUGACUUCUUCAAAGGUCUCGAGGCCCCUAUCGUGUUCUUGAUCAUCAACAGCAGACAGGAGAGGGAGAUGAAUUUGUAUAUGGGUGCAACGAGAAGCACUUCCCACCUCUUCGUACUCUCAUUCGAGGGGGGUGCAGAAGAGGAGGAAGCCGCCUUGGAGAUAUUAGUGAACAAAUUACUUCGUUUUGUCUUCCUGGAGGAAAUGACUGCAGAAGUGGAGGACGCCGCUCGCAAGGAAACUCGUCGCAGACUAGUGCUAUAUAUACCUAACAAGUUCUUCGCUUCAGUCUUCAGAAACGAAGCUGACGAAGCCCCAAAAUUGGAGGAUGUGACCUCUGCGCCCAUCGCGGAUAUAUCCAACGACAAGGAAGAGAUCAAGCAGGAUAGGGAAGAUAAGCGAGGGAAGGAUAGGGAAGAUAAGCGAUAA